AGGUUAUAAUAUCGAUAAAAACCACGAAAAAAAUGAAAAUACUGUUUUAAGUGUUUGUAUUGUACCAGAAUAUAAAAAAUCUAUUAGAAGGACACCCGAUUAAGUGUUUUUUCAAGUUCCAAGACAUGCGAAAAUAAGAAUGCAAUGGUGUAAGGUUAUGAGAGGAGAUGAAGCAUCUUCAAAAUCACGUUUGCAUUGUUGUGAAGAUCAUUUUAAUGUAAGUAUUGCUAUUUCUCAAUGGCAAACUAAACUGAUUAACAAAAGUAAUAAAAUUUUCAUUUAAGGAACCAUACAUAGGUAGAUUUCUUAAGGUACACCUUUUAUUUUUCUAUCUGGACAAUACUAACUGGUGAAUUUAUUUUAGGUCGAGGAAUAAACAGAAAAUUAUGUACAAUAUGAGAUUAUGAAACAUUUCUUCAUAAAUUGAUACAUGUGUUAAUGCAGACAGAAUAAACUUUGACAAAGCUGUGCAAGUGGUGUCGCUACUUAGUUAUUCGCCCUAGUAGUUUAUUCAAAUGCAGUCCACUUCUGAUAGGUAGGCGACCUAUGAUUCUAAUGCUACUCAAGCAUCUCUGAAGACACUGAUAUUGGUUUCUUGGUUGGUUUCAUAACUGUAUUAUUUUGUUAUAUAAAUAAAUCACGUCCAAUUAAUUAAAAUAUGUUUAUAAAAUAAAUGAAUUUUAUAUUUGUUUUAUUGGAGUAAAAUAUAAUUUAUUGUUUAUUUAAUUUUGUAAAUAUCUCUUGAACACAAAACAUUUUGUAUUUUUCCAAAAAAUUUUCACACGUUGCUUGUCACAAUGCACCUCUAUUAAAGUAAUUUUUUUAUUUGUUUCGUAAUUACUAUGGGUAACACUAAAGAGGGUAUUUGCUUUAUUGGAAAAAAAUGCAUCUUUAGUUACACCUUUGUCGUAUUUUUGGGAGCCACUCUUUGGUUGAGCAAUGUAUUGACUUAUAGUUUUUUCUGUUGCAGGACAUUUUAUUUCAAUAGUAUAUAUGCCUCUUUCACGAUCUGGGAAAGCAUAUAUGAUAGGAUUAGUAGAAUUUAACUUUUAUCUAUUUUUUUACUUUCUCUAUUUCAAUAUUUGACAGUGUCUUCCCCUUUUCAUAGCCUCUGUAUUCCUCAAUUUACUAAUCCCCAACAUGUUCUCCGUUAAGGAGCCGCCUAGAAUUUUACAGUGCCCAUGCCACAAUGAACAGUCAUUUUGUUCUAAAGCAUGUGGUGCAGCUUCUACACAUGCAAUAUUCAUUGAAAACGCUCAAAAUAUUGGCUCUACUUAAAAGCAUUGAAUAAUGCUUUUUACUUUGCUAAGCUUACUGUAAAAUUCCAUCAAGUGAUUAUAUCAGUGUUUAGAAUAACGUUACACUUCAAGUAUCCUCCGCUUCUAUUUUAAUUUCAUGCAAGUACCAAUCGGUGAUAACUUGGAUUAUUUCUAUUAACAUUAAACACUUGUUAUUUUGAAUAUUUUAAUCCUUUAACCUCAGUCAAUGUAAAAUCUUGAUUACAUGUAAAAUUUGCAGUCCUUAUUAAUGCAUCUACUUUUGGUAAAUUGUCUGAUUGUGCUAUUAUAAGAACACUUUCAUCGUUCGUAAAUGGUUAUUGAUAAUAUAUUUUCGUUCCAAACACAAACAACACUUUGGACCUCGAUAAAUCCAAGACGUGGCUUUUGAUGUCACGACACUUUUACACUCGACUAAUUCGAAUCACAUCAAAUAACCUCAAAUACAACAAUCAACAAAUGCUCCAUUGCUCUCUGCACUAUAUCGUUUUUUGUAUCCGAUCGAAUUAAUUCUAUACACUCAUGAACUGGCCUGCAUUGGUCAGUUCAGUGCAGCUACCAAUAACAAACCUAUGAUGAUAUCGAAAAGGAAGAAGCAAUUAACCAUACUUUCAUUUCACUAGAUUUUAAGCUUUGUAUUUAGUUAGUAUGUUCAAACAACAUUUUUUUUAGUUAUUAAUAUGAUAUAAUCCAGAUAGAAUGAGUGUGUGGCAACAAGUUGUCAAAGAAGAUAUGGAUAUUCAAAAUGAUGUUUGUUGGAGUAUGAAUAUUAAACAAGAAUUAAGUGAUGAUUUCGCUGAAAUUGCUUUUAAAAAUGUGAAUGAUAUUGAUAUAAUUAAAGAAGAAUUACUUGACGAACUAAAUAAAGCUGAAAUACAUGAAGAAUCUAUAGUUGCAAUUGUGCCCACAACAAAGAAUAUUAGCACUCAUAAGGUUAAUAUAACCAAUAUACGAAACAAAUUCAAAUAUUCUGGUAGACGACAUAAAGCAAAAGGACUACAAAAAUAUACACAUCUGAAUCUAGAUAUUAUUGCUGGGAUUAUCAUCUGUAGAUACUGCGGAAAUUUAUAUACAAAAUUAAGAGAAUUCAUUCGUCAUUUUUACACAAAUCAUUGUAUGAAUAGAAAGAAAGUACAAUCUAAAAGGAGGUUGCACCAGAAAAAUCUAUGUUACAGAAGAAUACAAGAAACUAACUCUGCCAUUGCGAGAACUUUUCAUAAAGAUGUUAAAAAUGAAUUAGAAAUAGUUGAACAUGAUAUGAAAAAGGAGAAAGAUACCAGUUUCACUGAUAAUUUCGAGUUGAAUUUGGAUGAAGUUAGUAAGAAAUUGAAGAAAAGUGAUUCAAAGGAUUUUUUGCUUGCUCACAAAAAAGAAAAGUCAUUCAAAUGUAAUCUUUGUUUAAAGACAUUCCCACAGAAAACUCAAUUAGACUCACACUCAAGUAUUCAUAUGGGAGAAAAAAUAUUGAAGUGUCACAGUUGCUCGGAAUUAUUUCCAUGGAAAACUAAUUUAAUUAACCAUCUGUGUAUUCACACAGGAGAAAAGCCAUAUAAAUGUGACAUUUGCUUAAAAACUUUUUCACAUAAUUUUCUAUUAAAAAGACAUUUGCUUAGUCACUCAGGAGUUAAGCCAUUUAAAUGUGAUGUUUGUUCAAAAUCUUAUACAAGGAAAAGUCAUUUGAUGGAACAUUUACCUAUUCAUACAGGAGAAAAGCCAUAUGAAUGUAAAGUUUGUUUUAAAAAUUUUUCAAGGAAAUAUCAAUUCAAUAUUCAUUUGCGCAGACACACAAGAGAAAAUACAUUCAAAUGUGAUAUUUGUUUGAAAGAUUUCCCACAGAAAUCUCAAUUGAAAUCACACUCACGUAUUCACACUGGAGAAAAACCAUUUAAGUGUGACACUUGCUUGGCAACUUUUUCAUGGAAAGGUAAUUUAAUUUCUCAUAUGCGUACCCACACAGGAGAAAAACCAUAUAAAUGUAAGAUUUGUUUAAGAAAAUUUUCACGAGAAUAUGUAUUGAAUGGACAUUUGCUUAGUCACACAGGUGAAAAACCAUUCAAAUGUUACAUUUGCACAAAAAGUUUCACACAAAAAAAAUGUUUGAAGGAACAUUUACUUACUCAUACAGAAGAAAAACCAUUUAAAUGUGACAUUUGCUCAAAAACUUUUUUAAAGAAAUAUUAUUUGAAUGAACAUUUACGUGUUCACGCAGGAGAAAAACCAUUUAAAUGUGAGAUUUGUUUAGGAAAAUUUUCUAGGAAAUAUAAUUUGAAUUUACAUUUACGAAGACACAAGAAUGAAAUGCCAUUCAAGUGUGACACUUGCUUGAAAUCUUUUGUACGGAAAAUAAGCUUAAUUGAACAUCUACAGACUCAUACAGGAGAAAAACCAUAUGAAUGUAACAUUUGUUCAAAAAAUUUUUCACGGAAAUAUCAAUUGAAUCUGCAUAUGCGUAGUCACACAAAAGAAAAACCAUUCAAAUGUGACAUUUGUUUGAAAAAUUUUUCUUAUAAAAAUAACCUCAGUAAACAUUUACAUAUUCAUAAUGGAGUAAAGCCAUUUAAAUGCGAUAUUUGUUUGAAAACUUUUUCACAGAAGAACAAUUUGAAUAUACAUUUGCGUAGUCACUCUGGAGUAAAACCAUUCAAAUGUGACAUUUGUUUGAAAACUUUUUCGCAAAAACAUAAUUGGAAUAUACAUUUACAAAAUCAUAAAGAAAAGCCAUUCCAUUGUGAAGUUUGCUCAAAAAAUUUUUCUGAUAAAAAUAAUCUCAAUAUACAUUCAUGUAUCCAUAAAGGUGUAAAGCCAUUUAAAUGUGAAGUUUGCUCAAAAUCUUUUUCACAGAAAAAUAAUUUGAAUAGACAUUUGCGUUGUCACACAGGGGAAAAGCCAUUCAAAUGUGAAAUUUGUUCCAAAACUUUUUCACAAAAACAUAAUUGGAAUAUACAUUUACAAAAUCACAAGAAAGAAAAGCUAUUCAAAUGUUAAAACUUGUUUACAAUUUUUUUCAUGGAAAAAUUAUUUAAUUACACAUCUGUCCAGUGACCCAAGAGGAAAGCCAUUAAAAUGAGAAAAAAUGUAUAUUUGAUAAUUCAUUUGUACAGUUUGCCAGUUUUUUACAAACAUUUUAUUGUGAUUAACAAAUAAAUUUUUAUUUAAAAUA